AUGGCGGCUAUCAUUGAACCGUACAUCCUCAAGCCGUCUUACAUCCUCAGGGCAGGUCUAAAGGCUUGUCAUGUUGACGAUGUUAUCCAGGAUCGGCGGUGUCAAGCAACGAAUGUGAGGGUCUUCAAGGCGCAUUUUGGAAGGCAUCCUUUGCACCUCGCACAAGUGUGGAGGGAUCUUCAGCUUUUCGGCAUCAUGACAGUUGAAGAGGCAAAAGAGAAAAAGUCUUUUCGGGGCUUUAUGCUUGCAAACAACUUUCUUCGGCUGUAUGAGAGUGAAGACGUUCGAAAUGCUCGCUUUGGUGGAAACUAUGACUACAAUCGAGCCUUGGCGUGGGACUUUGUGGGACGCAUUGCCAGUCUGAAGGUUCAUAGGAUAAGAUGUCCAACCACAUGGCCUGUGAGGUUGGGAGCAAGUGCUGAUGGCACACAACUCAGAACCAAUGAGCCAAGGGAUGAAGAGAUGAGACGCAAUCCAAAAAACUAUGCCUACAAAUACAACUUUGCUGGACUGAAUUACCUUAUUGUGCUCUCCUUGUGGACCAAUCAUAUUUGGUUUGCUUCAGGAGGAGAUCCUGGUAGCACUCAUGACAUGACAAUCACUCGGCAAGAGUUUGUUGAUAUGGUCCCAGAUGGUUGCCGUGUUAUUGCCGAUGAUGCCUUCACUGGGAAAACAGAGAGAGAGAAGAGCAUCUUUGCUGUAAGCAACAAUCUUGAUGCCCCAGCAGUGAAGGAGUUCAAAGGCAGGGCCAAAGCUAGACAGGAAACAAUCAACAAAAGGCUCAAGGACUAUGAAAGCAUGAGCAAGCCAUUCAUUUACGGCAUUGAGAAAGCAAAGCUCUGCUUUGCUGCCGUGAUCACUCUCAUUCAGUAUUCUAUUGAGGACACUAGUAAGUUUGGAGAGCCCCUAUACUGUCUUUGA